AUGUCGAUGUCGUCCGAGAGCAAGUACGACACGUUGGAGAAGAUUGGCCAUGGCUCCUUUGGCAUCAUCCGCAAGGUGCGACGCAAGGAAGAUGGCUUCAUCAUGUGCCGCAAGGAGAUCUCCUACUUGCGAAUGUCCCAGAAGGAGCGCGAGCAGCUCCACGCCGAGUUCCAGAUCCUCUCCCACCUCCGGCAUGCCAACAUCGUCGCAUACUACCACCGCGAACACCUCAAACUCAGCCAGGAUCUGCAUCUGUACAUGGAGUACUGCGGCAACGGCGACCUCGGCCGCGUCAUCAAGGACCUGCAGCUCAAGGGCCAGCACGCGCAGGAGAGCUUUGUCUGGAGCAUCUUUAGCCAGCUCGUCAUGGCCUUGUAUCGCUGCCACUACGGUGUCGACCCCCCCGACGUCGGAGCAAACGUGCUAGGCCUGGCGCAGGGCACCGCCAGCGCGAGCCCGAAGGUUCCGGCAGGCACCAUGACGAUUCUCCAUCGAGAUCUAAAGCCCGAGAAUGUGUUUCUUGGCGAGGACAACUCGGUGAAGCUCGGUGACUUUGGCCUUUCCAAGAUGAUCAAGUCGCACGACUUCGCCUCUACCUACGUCGGCACCCCCUUCUACAUGUCUCCGGAGAUCUGCGCGGCCGAAAAAUACACCCUCAAGUCGGACAUUUGGUCGCUCGGCUGCAUCAUGUACGAGCUCUGCUCACGCGAGCCGCCGUUCAACGCCAAGACGCACUUCCAGCUCGUUCAGAAGAUCAAGGAAGGCAGGGUGGCGCCGUUACCGGCCAUCUACUCGCCCGAGCUUUUCCAGGUGAUCAAGGAUUGCCUGCGGGUGAACCCCGAUCGACGGCCCGACACGGCGCAGUUGUUGGACUUGCCCGUGGUGAGACUGAUGCGCAAGGAGAAGGAGGUCGUCGACCUGAAUAAGUCGCUCAAGGCGAGGGAAGACUCGGUCAAGCGGAAGGAAAAGGAGCUCGAGGACAGGCUGGCGACGAUAGAUCGGGAAAAGGACCUCGUGCGCGACGAGGUCGACGCCUGCGUGCGCCGUGAAUGGGAGGUCAAGGCCCGACUCGAAAUUGACCGGCUCGUCAACGCCGAGGUCGACCGGCUGAAUAAGCGAUUUGAAGAAGAGGUCCGGAACCGCAUCGAUGCUGAGCUGCAGAAGAAAAAGACGGUCACGCUCGUGGCCGAGGAGCCGGCCGUGGAGGAGUACGCCUCGUCGUCGGCCAGAUCCGACUACCCCCAUUCCUCCAUCGGCGCCAGCAGCGACGACUUCCUGUCGACGACGGACAUCACCGAGUACUCCAUCGACAGCCCCGAAUCGUCCAAGGAGGCCAAACGCAGCACGCGGACGCCCUUUGGCCGGGCGCAGACGAUGUUUGCCGGGGCCACGGGCACGCCAAUGGACGUCGAGAUGGCCUCUCCUAGCCCAAUGGCCAUCGCCUCGCUCUCGCUCUCGCCGCGUCGGGGUGGCGCUACGAAGCCGCCCUCGACCCACGCGGCCAACAUCUUCGCGGCCAACAACGCCGUCCACGGCGACCCUAAGUGGGCGCUGCAUCGUGAGCCGACUUGCAUCGAGUCGGAUGACGACGACUUGAUGCCGUCUCCUACGCGACACAGAUCGGCAAAGAAUCCCUUCACGGCAAGGGACCGGCCAGUGCUGACGUCGCAAAAGUCUGGCCCGGUCAACCGUCUCAAGACGAAAGCUUCCUGCGCCGGUCUAGUUUCCAAGGCCGUCGCGGGAGCUGCGGCGAUGUCACAGGCUGAGUCUCGCACGCGCUCGCCGGCGCGUCCGCUCAGUAGAAUACCGUCCGUCGCCAGCCUGCAGUCGGAAGCAACGUCCAACGGUGGCGGUCUGAGCCGAAAGAACUCGAUGAAGAAGGACACCGGCAGCGCCAGCGGCGACAAUCUCAACAAGCUUGCGACGAAAAACAGCAUCAAGGGUCGGACGCUCGUCGAGCUGCAGCAGGCCCGCGCUGGGGGCCGUCAGUUGGGCGCAGCGGCGACGGACAACGCGAGCCCGAAGCGAGGGGCUUUCCGCGAUCGCGUGACAGGCGAGAGAAGGGCAAGCGGCGGAAGCGGAAGCGAGCCGGUGGCAGUCUGGGAUCCCGAGAGAGACGAGAUGCCGAGUCCGUUCCUCGUGCGACAGCGUCGAAUUGCAAGGGUGUAG